ACGAGAGAAUACGAGAGAACGAGAGAGAGAGAACGAGAGAGAGAGAACGAGAGAGAGAGAACGAGAGACAGAGAGAACGAGAGACAGAGAGAACGAGAGAGAGAGUGAACGAGAGAGAGAGUGAGAGAGAAGACGAGGCAGGGAGUGGUGUGUGUGAACAUCAGUUGAAGGCGGCCCUGGGACCCAGCAAGACAUCUCUACCUCCCCUCUCACUCACCUGCUGCCACACGCUCACCUAGUCUCGUCUUGAACACCUGUCCUCCCCACAUCUGCCCUUCUCACACCUGUCCUUCCCACAUCCGUCUUCCUACACUCAACUCAAUUCCACCCACACCUGUCCUACUGAUCUCACACCUGUUAAAACUCCACACAUAUCAUAAUUUUACCAAACACGCACGCACACACACGCACACACACACACGCACACGCACACACACACACACACACACACACACACACACACACACACGAAGACCAGAUAGUGGAAUGACUUAGGACUCGGUAGAAGCAAGUAUUAUACAUAGUUUAAAGCCUAGAUACGACAGGUGCCCAUGAAGCAGCUGGUUGAACCGGUGGCUUGCAGUUGAGAGGCACGCGGGGGGCCAGGAUCAGAGACUCGACCCCCGAAACUACAAUUAAAUCAGUACAAAUAAGAGGUGAAUAAACACACGCACGCACGCACACACACACACACACACACACACACACACACACACAACACACACACACAACUACUAUAGUUGAACAAUUUCCUUUCUCAUCUCUCCUAUUUUACUCUCUUUACUCUUCUCUCUAUCUUUCCUCUCUUUUUUACAUUACCUUUCUCUUCCCCUGUCUUCUUUAUCUUACCCUUAUCUUCUGUCGUCUUCACUAUCUCUCUCUCUCUCUCUCUCUCUCUCUCUCUCUCUCUCUCUAGCUGUGGUGCGGUGGACUCACCUAUGUCACCUGUGUAGCGGCAGCAGCCCCUGGCCCUCACCUGCUUCAAGUACCUUUACCACCUGGGAACCACCUAGCUCGCUGCCACACCACCUGGGAACCCCCUAGAUCGCUGUCACACCACCUGAGAGCCACCUAGCUCGCUGCCACACCACCUGGAAGCCACCUAGCUCGCUGCCACACCACCUGGGAGCCACCUAGCUUGCUGCCACACCACCUGGGAGCCACCUAGCUCGCUGCCGCACCACCUGGGAGCCACCUAGCUCGCUGCCACACCACCUGGAAGCCACCUAGCUCGCUGCCGCACCACCUGGGAGCCACCUAGCUCGCUGCCACACUUCUUGCAUCUCCUGGAGAAUGGGGGAAGCAAACAGCUUGGAGUACUCGACCCUGCACGAGGACGACGUGGAUGAGGUUGUAGCCUUCAUGGCUGCCCACUUCUACCCCAGAGAACCCAUAAGUACGGGGCUGCACAUGACCUACGAGGACAACAAGGAGUGGAUCCACAGCUCUGCACGAGAUUGGGUGAAGAGUGGAGUGUCUGUGGUGGCCAGAGAGCCCACCACCAAGAAAGUGGCUGGCUCCAUCCUUGCCACAAUACUCACCAGGGACCAGAGCAACACCUAUGCCAAGGCUCUCACCAGUCCAAAAACCAAGGUGAAAACUUUACACACAGUUCUAUCAGUCUUGGAAACAGCUGUGGAUUUCUUCGCUCGAUAUGAAAAGGUCAACCGUAUACUGGAGCUGGCCAUGAUUACUGUUGCCGAGGAACACGGUGGGCGAGGUGUGGGCAAGAGGCUUGUACAGGAGAGUGAGCGCCGAGGACAGGUCUUGGGGUGUCAACUAGCCACUGCCCAGGCAACAGCUGUGCCCUCACAGCGGCUCCUCUACCGCCUGGGUUAUGAAUCCCUCUACACAAUGGACUACACCACCUUUGAGAUAGCUGGUGACCAUGUGUUUGACAUGGACAGGAUGCUAGGAACACCAUCUGCUAAAGUUAUGGCUCGGCUCAUAGAUCAAGAGGUCAAGAAAUAACAAGUGUGCUGGAGUAUUAAUGUGAUGAUUGUUUCAAUAAUCAUAGUUAAUAGUUGUUACUGCAGAAAGUUUACAUUGCAAAUAAUUCUGAUGUAAUAUGCCUUUAUUUUAGUUUUUAAGAGAAUUUAUUCUAGGCAGCAUAGAGAUGGGUCCCCCCUCCAAAACAAUUAUAGUACAGUAUAUUCUUUAUACAAAAAUCAGUUAAGGUAUACCAGAUGUAAAUUAAUGGAAUCACAGAGUGUAGUGAUCCCUGUACUGUAUUUAUACAAUACUUUUACACUAUAUUAAUAAAAUGUACAACACUUAAAAGACAGUGUACAUGCACAAUAUAAAUAAGAUGUACACAACUUGGAAUAAAUCCAUUACAUAACAAAAUACUUGGGAUCAGUAACCAAUAUGCAUAGAAAAAGCAUUGGACCAUUCUCAUAAGCUUCUACAGUUUACUGUCAGCAAUCAGCAGAAUUGUAAUACACUGAACCUUGCAACAAAAUAAUUCACCGCAAAUCACACUUCAGAGACGUCCCUCAAGAAUCUAAAUCUUCUAAUUCUUGACCUUCCUGGUAUUUACUACAUAAUAAAAUUAAAAACUAUUUUUUUUCUCUCUCUCUCCAAGAUACACAUAUAAGUGACCAUCUCAAUGUUAGUCUUUCAUCUCACAAAAAUGUAAAUAAUUCAAACUUUUCUUUACAUGCUAUAAUCUUCCAGUAGCCUGAACAUUCACCUCAGUGGUUUAACUUCUCAAUGCUCAGAACAUCAAUGGAGCACUAGCCUUCCCUCUAUCCCAUUAUUCUGUGCUGUCUGAAACUCCACAAGACCUUCCCAUUAUACAUUCCUUCUACAUAAUUAUUUCUUAAACUUGAGUGGGAAUAUUCUGUUCCAGUAUGUCAUCAACAAAAUGCCUUCAGUGUGCAUGAUUUUCAGUAAUGUAUGUGCAUUAUAAACUGGACGACAUAAAACUGUUGGGCUUCCAAGUGUGUGCAGUUGCUACCGACAGUCUCAAGAGACUGCAACGUGCAAUAUAGCAGGCAUGCAGUCUAUAUUUACAAAGCUAAGCUCAGUGUUAUCAACAAUGUUAUAUAUAUGUAAUACUGCUUAAAUAUGCAGCAGUGUUGUAUACAAUACACUAUACAUAAGUUAUUCUAGUGUAAUGUAUUGUCAUAUAUGUGUACGGUAUACAAUAUAUUAGGAAAAAUUAUCUUAAAAUAUAGUAACAAAAUAUAAUGACUUUUUUGAACAAAACAAUUUUCUCUUCAGUCAAAUGAAUGAGAUCAUAAUUUAGCUCUGUAUACAGUGCCAUUUACUAUGUUGUGAUUAAGAGCCUACAACAUUUUCCUUUACAUCAGAUAUUUUGGGGUAUAAUAUGUCAGACAGGUGGUGGGCAAUGUUUAGGCACCUACCCACCUUAGUCAGGUCACACCACCUACAUCUUAAUUAAACAUGUGAUUGAUGGUUAAUAAACUCUGGCUAUGUUA